GCCCCUCCUCGUUGCGAAACAACCAAUGCUGCUCCACGUCGCUCCGGCUACCGCUCUGGUAGUUGCGGGUUGCGGCCGGUGGCUAUGGAGUCGUUGGCGCAGCGGGCUCUGGUCAGCUACUAUUGCCAGGAAGGGUACUUCCAUCACGUCCAGGUGGCCGCUAAUGAUGGUCUUAAGAAGUUUGGCAACGACCCCGUGUUCCUGUUCUACCGCGCCUAUGGCAUGAUGAUGGAAGGUCAUGUUCAGGAGGCUAUUCGGGAACUUGAGUCUAUUAAAAACAAACAGGAGGUGUCCCUUUGCACAAUGAUGGCACUGAUCUAUGCCCAUAAAAAGAGCUCUAAUCCAGAUCGAGACGCUAUUUUGGAACUGGAUGCUAAAAUGAAGGAACAACGUAAGACUGCAGGACAUCAGGCCUUGUACUUUGCAGGGUUGUUUUUGUGGCAUCUUGGUCGUCAGGACAAAGCCCGUGAAUACGUUGAUAGAAUGAUCAAAGUUUCUAAUGGUAAUAAAGAGGGAUUGAUUUUGAAAGCUUGGCUUGAUCUCACCUGUGGAAAAGAAGCUUAUAUUAAAAAAGCUGUGAAAUACUUUGAUGAGGGAAUGCAAGAUGGGAAUGACCCUUUUGCCCUGCUGGGUAAGGCACAAUAUUUUGAGGUGCGCCAGAAUUAUUCGGGAGCUUUAGAAAUUGUGAACCAGAUAAUAGCAAACUUCCCAGACUUUCUUCCUGCUUUUAUAAAGAAAAUGAAACUACAACUAGCCUUGCAGGACUGGGAGCAAGCAGUUGAAACAGCACAAAGGCUGUUGCAGAAAGAUACUCUUAACCUGGAAGCCAUAAGGAUGGAGGCUCUACAUUUUUUGUGUAGGGAAGGUAAUAUACCUGAGGCUACAGCCAAGCUGGGAGACCUAAUUAAUGCACUGGACAAAUUGGAACCACAUAAUCCUCAACUAUUUUGUAAAAUGGCAUUAGCUUUCAGCAGAACAUGUGGCCGGAACCAACUCAUUCUUCAACAGACACAGAUCUUAGUUGAAAGAGCAUUUGACCUGGCAUCCCAUGAUUCUGAAAUUGCUACAGAACUUGGCUACCAGAUGAUUUUACAAGGGAAGGUGAAAGAGGCUUUAAAAUGGUACAAGACUGCUAUGGUGCUUGAUGAGACAAGUGUUUCUGCGCUAACUGGAAUUAUCCGAUGUCAGAUAAUUGAAGGACAAUUAGAAGAUGCAGAUCAGCAGUUGGAAUUCCUUAACGAAAUUCAGCACUCAAUUGGGAAAUCUGGGGAACUGUCUUUCUUGCGUGCAGUUUUAGCUAUGAAGAAACCUCAAAGACAAGAAGAAGUUUUUCACUUGUUGAAUGAUGUUCUGGAUACUCACUUUUCAUCAUUGCAUGGCUUACCUCUUGGCAUACAGUACUUUGAAAAACUGAACCCUGAUUUCUUGCUGGAAAUUGUUAGAGAAUAUCUUAAUUUUUGCCCAACACAGCCUGCAAAUCCAGGACAACCCCUUUCACCACUGCUCAAACACUGUACCUCAGUUCUUGAAACUGUGGUAAAAACUGUACCAGGUCUUCUACAUGCUGUCUUUUUAGUUGCAAAGGUGAAAUACUUAUCAGGUGAUAUUGAGGCAUCUCACAGUGUCCUACAGCAUUGCCUGGAACAGAAUCCUUCUUAUCCAGAUGCUCAUUUACUUAUGGCUCAGGUUCAUUUGUCCCAAAACAAUUUUAAGCUCUGUUCUCAGUCCCUGGAACUCUCUCUGAGCUACAAUUUUGAGGUGAGAGAACAUCCCUUGUAUCACUUAAUCAAAGCCCAGACCCAAAAGAAGAUGGGAGAAAUAUCAGAAGCUAUUAAGACCUUGCAGAUGGCAAUGAGUUUACCUGGAAUGAGAGGCACUGUGGCUUUCUCAAAAUCAAAAGCAAAAAGAAAUGAAAUUGAUGCAAGUAAUCGUGUAUCUAUCUUUCUGGAAUUGGUAGAAGCUCAUCGUUUGAAUGGAGAACAGCAUGAAGCUGCUAAAGUGCUGCAAGAUGCCAUCAAUGAAUUUACUGGCACCCCUGAAGAACUACGAGUUGUGAUUGCUAAUGCAGACCUGGCUCUUGCACAAGGAGAUAUUGAACAAGCCUUAACUAUGCUCAGAAAUAUUACAUCUGAACAGCUGUACUUUGUACAAGCCAAAGAAAAAAUGGCAGACAUUUAUCUUCAAUACAGAAAAGAGAAAAAGUUAUAUGCAAGCUGCUAUAGAGAUCUGGUGGACAAACUGCCAAGCUCACAUACUUUUCUUCUCCUUGGUGAUGCAUACAUGAAUAUUCAAGAGCCUGAAGAAGCCAUAGAAGUCUACGAGCAGGCUUUAAAGAAAAACCCAAGAGAUGGAAUUUUAGCAAGUAAAAUUGGAAAAGCCCUAAUCAAAACUCAUAACUAUUCAAAGGCAAUAAGUUAUUAUGAAGCUGGACUGAAAAAUGGUCAACAGAAUAUCCUUUGCUAUGAUCUGGCUGAACUCCUGCUGAAACUGAGGCAGUAUGAAAAGGCGGAAAAAGUACUUCAGCAAGCUUUAGACCAUGAGCCUGUGAAUGGGUUGUCCUCUCUAAUGGAAGAUGGACGUUACCAUGUUCUUCUCGGAAAAAUUUAUAGCAAAAUGGAGAAGACAGAUGAAGCUAUUGUUUCUUUACAGCAGGCUCGAGAAUUGCAAGCCAGAGUACUCAAACGGGUUCAAAAAGAGCAGCUGGAUGCAGUUCCUGCACAGAAACAGUUAGUAGCUGAGAUUUGUGCAGAGAUUGCAAAACAUUGUACAGCCCAGCGAAACUAUGAGAAAGCAAUUAAAUUUUACAAAGAAGCUCUUGUUCAUUGUGAAACAGAUAACAAGGUAAUGUUGGAACUUGCACAUUUGUACCUUGCACAGGAUGAUACUGAUGCUUGCCAACAUCAGUGUGCAUUGUUACUGAAGAAUGACCAAGAUAAUGAAGCAGCAGCAAUGAUGAUGGCUGACCUCAUGUUCAGGAAGCAGGACUAUGAACAAGCUGUUUUUCAUUUCCAGCAGCUCUUAGAGCGCAAACCAGAUAAUUACGCAACUCUGUCCCGUUUAAUUGAUCUGUUAAGAAGAGCUGGGAAGCUAGAAGAAGUUCCAAGAUUUCUUAUAAUGGCUGAGAAACAUUCCUCUAGAGCAAAACUCGAGCCAGGUUUUCAUUAUUGCAAAGGACUGUAUCUUUGGUAUACUGGCGAACCAAAUGAUGCACUUCGACAUUUUAAUAGAGCCCGGAAAGACAGUGACUGGGGACAGAAUGCAGUUUAUAACAUGAUCGAAAUUUGUUUGAACCCAGAUAAUGAAACUAUAGGUGGUGAAGUGUUUGAAAAUCUGGAUGGUGACAUAGGUAAUUCCACAGAGAAACAGGAGUCUGUGCAGCUGGCUGUGAGAACAGCAGAAAAACUUUUGAAGGAACUCAAGCCCCAGACCAUUCAGGGUCACAUUCAGCUUCGUAUCAUGGAAAACUAUUGCCUAAUGGGAACCAAACAGAAAUCAAAUGUUGAACAAGCACUAAAUACUUUCACUGAAGUAGUUGUUACUGAGAAGGAUCAUAUCCCAGCACUUUUGGGAAUGGCCACAGCCUACAUGAUCUUAAAACAAACUCCACGAGCCAGAAAUCAGUUGAAACGCAUUUCAAAAAUGAACUGGAAUCCCAUAGAUGCAGAGGAGUUUGAAAAAAGUUGGCUCCUUCUUGCUGAUAUUUAUAUUCAAUCUGCAAAAUAUGAUAUGGCUGGUGAACUAUUAAAACGGUGUCUUCGCCAUAACAGGUCCUGUUGCAAAGCCUAUGAAUAUAUGGGAUACAUAAUGGAAAAGGAGCAAGCAUAUAAAGACGCAGCAGUAAAUUAUGAGAUGGCCUGGAAGUACGGAAACCAAACAAAUCCAACAAUAGGAUACAAGCUGGCAUUUAAUUACUUGAAAGGAAAGAGAUACGUAGAAGCAAUUGAUAUUUGUCAUAAGGUCCUAAAAGCACACCCAAACUACCCAAAGAUCAGAAAGGAAAUACUUGACAAGGCUCGUGCAUCCUUAAGGACUUGAACCUUAUUUGUAUGAAUCACUGAAUUUUUAUCCAAUUUUGGAAAUUAUGUAUUGGAUAUUACAAUGAAGAAAUGACCAUUCAGUAUGUAAAUAUUAGAAAUACUGUACACAUCGUCCAGAUCUCAUAUAUAGUUACUCUUCAAGGACAAAAGAGAUUUUUUUCUUCAGAGUUGUGGAUUUAUCUUUUCUCCAGUAGAGGAGGCUUUUGUACAUCAGGAUUUAAUAAACUUAAAAAGAAAUAGUAUGUAUGAAUUACAAUUUUGUACUAGACAGGAAACUAAAUGACAAGUGAUUUCCUGUGCUAUCGUCUAGAAGGUACUAACUUUAAACUGUAAACAAAUAACCAAUCUCGCAGUCCUGUUCCACAACUGGAAAAAAUACUACUUUGCUGUGUGAAGAAGUGAAAAUACAAGAAGAAUCUGAAAAUACAAAUAGCUACAGUGAAAGCCACAUGUGUUUAUGUAGUACUGAUUGAAUACACUUCUCACAAAUGGAUUCACGCGCAACUAGAAUAUUCAUCAUCAUCUGCUAGUGAUGAUUUACUUACUAUCAAAAAGUUUCAAAUAUAAUUUGAAAAUGUUUUUGGAAGAUAACAGACACUGUAAAUAACUUGUGUUUAAAAUAAAAUAGACUAACACUCUAUAAUUCCUGAGCAUAUAGCAAUCUUUGAUAAGAGAAGAGGCAGGGAAUGAAUGGAACAAGAAUAAGGUAUUUCCCCUCUUAAGUGCUGUCAUUUGUGACACAGCAUUUUAAACUCAGUGUAAUUUUUCUCCUCCUCUGGAGGUCACUGUUUUUGUUCAUCAGUAAAGAAGAAACCUGUCCUUAAUUCUCCUUCAGUGAUUACUUAAGAUUUCUCAGUUCUAGCAAAUGGACUUAAUUAGCAAUCUCAAUGUAAGCUUUCUUUAUACCGUUGCUACUGAGAUAUUUGUAAAUGAGGUUUUAUUUACAUUCACUUUUAACUGAGCUAUAUGGUUAAACUGGGAAAGCAGUAAGUUUAUAUUUUAAUAUGGUUUUAAAUGAAAAUGACAUUUUAAUUGAGAUUUAGCAUUUAGUAACAAAGAUUAAUUUUUUUUACUAUUUGGUAUAGCUAUUUAAUUGAUUUUUAAAAGGUUAGGAAAAUCAAUAUUCCCAGUUGUGAGACAUAUUCUUAACGCUCGAACUAGAAGUAUUUCAUUUUGAAAUACUUCUGUUUUUGAUUGUCUAUCUGUUUAUGUAGUACAUCCGUGUAUAACUAAUAGUUAUGUGUGUGCAGCAAAUUAUGGUUUGUCUCAUUUAGUCUAUAAAUGUUUUGCAGAGAGAGAACUUUGGGUAUAGCAAUCAAAGAUUUUGUACUCUGUACACAAGAUACUGGCUGUCCUAUAAGAACAGUUUCAUCCCACAAAUGGGAAAGACUGACUAGUGAAUGGGUUCUGAAUGCUUUUCUCUUGACUGGUCUAAUAUCUUAUGCUACAGAAAUUGUUACACUACAGCAUUAUGUCUUCAAAUAGCACAUUGUGUUUAUCUUUCUCAAAAAAGCUAUUUUGGCAAGAAAAGAGAACUUUUUAAAACAGUAAUUAACUUCCUAAAAUAGCCAGUGUUUCCUCAAGUAAUUCUGGCUUCUUAUGUUGACAUUUUGUAAGGUCCGUAAAAGACAUGACACUUGAAAAUGUCUGUUAAGAAUGUGUAGCCUACAUCAAGGAGACAACUUCAAAAUCAUAUCUGACACAGCUACCAGUAAUUGGGAUACAAUAUCCAGGUUGACUUUCUUUAAACUAACAGGGACCAUAUCAAGGCAUUUUGCAGUAAAAUCUGUGGGUGAGGGACACAACACAGGAAAUUGAAAAGUUAACUUUGCGUAGUUUCCUCUGACAGUUCUUGUUGAAGGGACUGUUUGGGAGGGCUGCAGAGGAAGGGACGGAUGCAGGUUCCAAAUCCUGUAGAUUAUGGGUGAAGAAAAGCUGCUGUCUUGUGGAGGGAUUGGCCCCUGAGGUCAUUUGUGAAUGAUUAUUUUGCUCAGAUGGAACAAUAUUGACUGCCGCACAGAUCUUGUAUCUACUGUGCUCAGAGAUGUGUUUUAUGGUGCAGUAUGUCUACUCCUGGCCUUGUCUUCCCUAGCAAAAGUGAGAUCUAUAAUUCACUAAUGCAGCUCUACUGGUGGGGGUAGUGGUUAAAGAUGUUGUAUUAAGUGGGACUCAGGCAUUGUUGUUAGUGUGUUGUCUAACAGUGGGGUUAGAUGACAUGGUAAAGGCUUAUAGGCAGGCCUGGACUCUCUGCAGCUUCCACAGUUAUUACCACCAUCAGAACUGCAUCAGAGGGCACUAAUGAAUCACAGGUCCCUUUUUUGAUAGUGUAGAUACAGCCCCUGAAUCACUGAAGGGGAGCCACAGAUUCACCCAACCCAGUUUCGCCAGCCUCGGCCUCUCUCCAUUUGCAUUAAUGGGAGCUGGAUCAACACUUGGCUUUUAAGUCUAAAGUGAAAAUUGAAUGAUCUAUUCCAUGAUGCUACUUAGAAGAUGCUAUUCAAAAGAGGCACGAGUAGUUCUGUUUCUGUAUCCAUUUAAUCUUCGUAUAUAGUGUUGUAGCCAUGCUGGUCCAAGGAUAUUAGCAAUACAAGAUGGGUAAGGUAAUAUCUUUUAGUGGCCCAGCUUCUGGUGAGAGAAAGACAGGCUUUCAAGCUUACACAGAGCUUGAAAUGUGUUAACUACUUACGCUAAACAAUCUGUUCUACCUUGUAUUUAGUUGUGACACUGAGUACAUUUCCAAGACCUGAAGAGCUCUGUGUAAACUCGAAAGCUUGUCUCUCCCACCAACAAAAGUUGGUCCACUAAAAGAUAUUACCUCAUCCACCUUGUCCAUUUAAUCUUGGCUGUCUCAUUUGAAAGAGCAAACUAUGGGGAGGGAGUAAGGAAGGUCUGAUCCAUGGCCAUUUUGUGAUGUAAACACUAGUUGCUAGGAACUGAACUGAGACUACAAGGUCAUAGAAUAUCAGGGUUGGAAGGGACCUCAAGAGGUCAUCUAGUCCAACCCCCUGCUCAAAGCAGGACCAAUCCCCAACUAAAUCAUCCCAGCCAGGGCUUUGUCAAGCCUGACCUUAAAAACUGCUAAAGAAGGAGAUUCCACCACCUCCCUAGGUAACGCAUUCCAGUGUUUCACCACACUCCUAGUGAAAAAGUUUUUCCUAAUAUCCAACCUAAAUCGCCCCCACUGCAACUUGAGACCAUUACUCCUUGUUCUGUCAUCUGCUACCAUUGAGAACAGUCUAGAGCCAUCCUCUUUGGAACCCCCUUUCAGGUAGUUGAAAGCAGCUAUCAAAUCCCCCUCAUUCUUCUCUUUCACAGACUAAACAAUCCCAGUUCCCUCAGCCUCUCCUCAUAAGUCAUGUGUUCCAGUCCCCUAAUCAUUUUUGUUGCUGGACUCUUUCCAGUUUUUUUCCACAUCCUUCUUGUAGUGUGGGGCCCAAAACUGGACAGAGUACUCCAGAUGAGGCCUCACCAAUGUUGAAUAGAGGGGAACGAUCAUGUCCUUCGAUCUGCUGGCAAUGCCCCUACAUAUACAUCCCAAAAUGCCAUUGGCCUUCUUGGCAACAAGGGCACACUGUUGACUCAUAUCCAGCUUCUCGUCCACUGUAACCCCUAGGUCCUUUUCUGCACGCAACUACGAUCUAUCUGAUUGUUAUAAUUUCCUGUCUUUACCAAACAGGGCUGUAUUCAUAUUGGCAACCCUGGUAAAAGGCUUCCAAUCUUCCAUUAAGAAUCCCUGAGCCUUCCCGUCCCUAAUGUCUUGUUAAGGAUGAAAUCUUUUUAGGAGGGAAGUGAGAGAAGAAACCUUUAAAUCUAAAGAUGAAAAAGUAUGCUGUGAUUAUAGACAGUCUGUCUUAAGUGUUGCUUAAAUGUACUUUUCUUAGAUGAAUUAAAUGUUUUCUCUUUGGUACAUAUGAACCACUUCAAACUCUUAUCAUUUUGUAUUCUUUACUUUCUCUCUCAAGCUGCUUUUUUUAACUGAAUGACCUUGUUUCAUUUCUAUUUAUUCCAGUUAAUUGGAAAUGCUGAUUCCUGAUCUGCUGUUUCUUAUUUUAGUAUUUAUUUCUUUUGCAGCCUUUUUCCAAGCCACCUUCCUAAUAAUGGUUUUGAACAGAAGAGGCUCCUGAGACUGAGGGAAGUCAGCUAUGUUAAUUUCAAAGAGCUCCAAUCUUCAGUAUGAUGUUUCCUAGCAACCCAUCUUCCACUCUUGCCUUUGGUGAACAAGGGAGGGGAGUGAGUGUGUUUUCUACUGAUUCAUUCACUUGAGAUCUAAGUGUCCUGUGGCUAUAGCAACACAAACCAAAGGUGUCUUCUCACCCCCCUCCUUUUGGUUUAGGAUCCCUGAAAUAUUUUCUAGGAGGACGUCCAUAGGGUAGCUUUUCUGACUGUAAGCAGAACAGGCUCUGGUAGACUGCUUUUCUCUCUCUGUUUUGAGCACUAUGCUAAGACCAUAACAAUUAUCUUAGAGGUAAAAUGGCAAUAAUUUCACUAGCUAAAAUAAGCAGACGAAUCAAACUAAUACUGAAUCAUUUUAAAAUAAGAGUACAACAUGUUUGCACUGGCCAGUUUAGACUAGGUCUAACUAUGUUAUGAACCACUUUGCAAAUUUUUGUGGCCACACUAAGGAGGGUCCAUAAUAGGGACAACUUUAAAUUAGGGACCUAAACCCUAAUUCUGCAAACACUGAAACAUGAGUAAUUUUAUUCAUAUGAAGUUAUUGUUGGACUAAGCCUGUGCUGGCCAGCAACCUUUCUGACAAGAACAGUCUUUGAAAAGAGUUUUUCCACUGUAGAUUAGACAUUAGAGAUGAAAUCCUGGCCACAGUGAAAUCAAUGCAAAACUCAUUAAACAGUGGGGCCAGGAUUUUACCCUUGAAGCAUGUACUAAAAUAUUAAGCAUCAAACAUUAAGAUGUUCAAUUAAGAAAACUUUACACUUAAAAUAGAGUAUUUGACUCAUCAGUAUUAACAAUCCAUUAUCACUGCAGCAUGUGGGAUUCCUUAAAUGUGUAAAAUUGCUCAGAUGCGUAAAAGUUUCAGGAUCAGGGCCUUCAUCCAGAAGAUGGUUACACCUAGCCUGUGCUCACCAGGGAAAUUGUAGAAACUUUCACAGGCACCUUACUGGGAACAAUGUUUUUUAAAACUGGUUUUGGAUAAUAUGGUUCCUUGUAUUGUAAACAAAUACUGAAUGCCAGCAUUUUAAAUUUCGUCAUUUUAUCAAGACAGAACUUCCCAGGCCUCAUGUGAAAAGAUCUGGAUAAAUAUAACAUGAGAAAGCAGUAAACGUGUUUUUUGUUAGAAUAGUUUUACACUGAACAUUUUGCAUAUUCCAGUAAAAGAUAACUCCGUAUUCUGGUUAUUGAAUAUUCUGAAUCAGUGUGAUAGCAUCCAAAAACAGGAUAGCUUUGAAUGAUCUGCAAGAAAUGGUAAAUGGCAAACUAAUGACAUUUAGAGAUGGUACUAAAUUAAAAGAUGCUCCAAAUAUCAGCAGGGACAAAAAAUUACCAAGUCAGAUGUUAAAAAUAUGGGUGAGAUAUGAAAUUAAAUCUGGAAAAUACAAACAGAUCUAGGGGGAAAUAAUUGUAAACACGGAUAUUCAAUUGGAGAUUCUUGGAAAACAAUGCCAAAAGGUACCUACAGUGAUGAUGGACAGAAAUUGGAUAGGAGCUUGUAAUUUGAUAUGGUGGCAAAGAAAGCAAAAGCUAUUUUGAGCUGUCUGCAAAGGCAUUAUGUCAUGGACUAGGGAACUGAUUUCUCUGUACAGCACUGGUGAGACUGCACAUAGAAUACUGAUAUAGUUCUGGGAAAUUCAGUACCAGAAAGAGAUUCUGAAUUCCUUCCCAUUUUGUUAAAUGCUAAAUAAAUAAAAAUGAAGGCCUGGAGGGACUGACCUGAGGGGUGGGGAGAAAGUAAAUCUGUAUGGCUUUGCUAACUGAUGAUCAACAGGAAGUAUAAAAUAUUGACUAUAAGUAACUGAAAGAUGCACACAUCACGGAAGAGAUGUGUAUCUUUCUUUAGAGAGAGCCUGAGGCAUGUAACUAGGAAUGCUGCGAUGAAACUGAGCAGAACAAAUUUUAAGUGACUGUUAUUAAAAUAUAAAAUAAUAUACAGCAUAUUAGUCAUUUCAAAUUCAAAUGGGUACAGUAGGGACCAAUUUAUGCUAGUAUGGGGUGGACAAGAGGACUUAUAAUGUUCUGUCUCUAAAAUUCCUGGGUUUUUUCUACAUUUUGGUGAAAAGAUUUUUUUCUGUGUUUGGUUUUUUUUUCCUGAGGGAAGAGAAUCAGGACACUAGCUUAAGAUUGAAACAUUCCUCUUCAAGUUGGCAGAGGUUCCAAAACCAGUGUUCCCUCUCUAGUGCUUUCUUUCUUUGUCUACUUGUGAUGGUGUGCUACAUCUUUUUGGGUUUUGGCUAUUUGCUUUACAAAUUCUUUGCUUGGCUGGCCAAGUGAAAUUUCAGUGGCCCCAAAUUGCUGUGCCUUCUCCGGUAUUUAUGCAAUAUGCUCUAAGAUUUGCAGUGACCUAUGGAAUUGAUGAAGCCUCAGGAAACCACUUUUUUUUCCUGUGUAACAAUGCUUCCUUUAGAACAACACAAUCUUUAUUUUGUUCAUUGUUGACUUAAGAAAAUUUUAUUAGUAAUGUACACUAGUACUUUAAAUGGAAAGCAUGUACUUCUGAUUGUAUUUAACCUAAUGUAUGGCAGAGAGUGCAAGAUAGUAGAAACAACCCCGAGAGCUUUAAAUAAUUGUCAUAGAAGCUGGUGAGGAAGAGUAUGUUCUGGAGGAAGGGGCAUCUGAUGCUCUAGUCUUGUUGAUAUUAGGAACACCAUUUUGGGAUGUGCAGUGGUGCAGAAACUGAACCUCCCAAAUAAGGACUGAGGUGAUGCUCCUAACCUCUGCAGGAAUUGAAACAACAGCAUCCAUCUGUCCCUGCCAUAUUUCACUCCUGACCAGGUGUUCUCCUCAUUCCAGACCUCGAGCCCCCCCUUUCUGUCAACCACAUUAAUGAAACUCCCUCCUUUCACUGCCCCUAAAAACCACAGCCCUGAAGCUCUACUCCUGUGGUGAUUAUAAACACACCAUGAACAGAACUUUACCUGCUACCUCUAUUCAAUUGUCUGAACACAUUUAACCCUUGUUAUUUGAAAAAGUUAUAGCCCUAGCUCUUACUUUAGAUCUGGGGUUUUUUUCUAUUACUUACAGGACUUCUAGAGUGGACCAUGGGUAUAAAAAAAAAUUAGAUAAAGUAGUGUAACUCAUCUGCCACAUUGUGCUCCUCCUAGUGCAAUUAUUUCACAUCCUGAAAAAGGUCUUUCAGGGCCAGCUUCUUAUUUCUUAAUCUUGCUGUGAAAUCAUAAACUCAUUUUGUAAUAUCAGAGUGCAAAUAGAAAUUAUUUUUACAAUUGAACCACUUUUAUUUCACUGCAGAAAUAACUCUGAAGAGAAAAUGGGUUUUCCCCUGCUCAGCCUUUUGUUUAAACAUACAUAACACUAGUAUUGAUAAUUAGCGAACUAGCAGAAAAUUGAGAAAUGAGUUAAUACAGUCCUCCUCUGAAAAUUGACAUCUUUUUAGAUGGUGUGCACAUUACAAAUUUUUGCCAUAUUUGAACAUGACUGAAUAGAAUGGGGUUAGAUAACAUGAUGCUCACCACACAUUAGACUGUAUUCACUAGGAGAAAGUGUUUUUUAACGUUUGGUGGAAUUUUACUAUAGGCAAGGCAAGUUGUACUUUUAACAUCUUACAGGGUGGAGAUAAAGCCUAGGAGGUAGACUAGAGUUUACUUAGAUGAACUCAUACGGGAACACCUUGUAUUCAUAAUCUGGAAGUGGUCUCAGUAAUCAGCAUAGAUUAGUAUGAAUCAUGGUAAGCAUGUGGCUCAGUGUGAUUAAGCCCAGAUCCAGAUUGCAUACGCAGUGGAACCAGGAAUUUUAGGUGCUUGCUUUCCUGAUUAAAAUUGUUAGUUGUAGGGUUUUUUUAAUUCCUGUUACCAUUGCAGUCAGUAUAACUAUAGGAGAAUGAGCUGGAUUCCAUUUUGGCUCAGCAAAACUAGUUAUCUUAAUUCUAGUAGAAUACUUACCCGUGAGCCAGAAAAUAAGACAGCUUGACUUUGAGAUUCUGUUUAAUUUUUUAAAAAGUUAUAUAUAAAGAACAUUUGAUCUGGAAGUCUGAAAGACACAAAUAUAGGACAUCCCCUUGUCAUUUUUCCCAACCAAAUCACUUUUCAGAACAGCGUCACACCUCAAAUUUGGUUCUGAAUUUAUUAUAUGUAAAGUUGAAAGUUUUCUGCAGUAUGUGACACACUGUUUGAGAGGACAUUUUAUUCUGCCAUUAUAAAAGGAAGGAACUCACUGUGAUCCUAUCUCUAAGGGCUUUUUAAAUGUUUUUUCCCCAGUAACACGUGCUGAGUGUACCUGGUCAACCAACGCUUACAUGCAGCACUUAUCCUUUUGCUCAAUUAAAUGUCAGCCCUGAAACCUGCAAGAGAAAACACAUCUACACUUUAGAAAUUAAACGGGGGGGUGGUAGAAAAUUACACAAUUUUCCUAAAAAUUACUCACUUCAUGCAACUAUUUAUAGAAAACAGGGGCAUAACAAAGUUAAGGGAAAUGUUACCAAAUGUGCUAUGUUCUGUGAGGUACAAGGUUUAAAUAUUAAGAUUUGUACAGUUUUGAUAUUUCUUUUGUGCUAUGUGUAUGCAAACAAUAUGAUCAUAAUAAAAUUGUAGUGCUUCUUGUGGAACCUU